AUGAAGAAUUUCAAAAUAAGAGGCGUUUUCGACAAAUUCCCGAAUUUCAGCAAUUCCACGGCUCAGCCUUCCAGACCGCAGCAGGAAAUUCAGGAAACCCUCAGGGCUGACAACUUCCAAGUCAAAAGGAUGGAUAACUCGGUCGAACAAAAAAUCGGACCUUUCAAAACGGAACAAAAUAAAAUCGCGUGUGCAAGGUCAAUGAGGAACAACGUUUUAACAUGUAAAAAAAAUGUACCACCUGAUUUAUUACGCCAUAAUAUCGAUUAA